UUAUUGCUUUUUUUUGAAAGGAAAUGGCCAGUAAUGAGCUGAAAGAGAUUAGGAAAGCCAUGACGAAAGAAGCGAUCCGGGAGCAUCAGAUGGCCAAGACAGGAGGGACGCAGACAGACCUCUUCACCUGUGGGAAAUGCAAGAAGAAGAACUGCACCUACACCCAGGUGCAGACCCGCAGCUCCGAUGAACCCAUGACCACCUUCGUCGUGUGCAACGAGUGUGGGAAUCGCUGGAAGUUCUGCUGAUAUGUGCCAUGGCCCAAGAGCGGCAGCCAAACGCAGAUCUGAGUGCAACCUCCAUACGCCAGCUCCCACGGCAAUUGUGUAUUGUGUCCCAAGUGAGUUUGCAUUGUCACACGUACUGAGAGAGCAGCUGCAGGGAGGCCUGCCUCUCUGUUUGGGCCUCGGUGGAGAGCCACAGUAGUGGGCUGACAGUGGCAGGAGAGCUCACUAAACACACUUAGUCAUUAUUUUUCUCAUCUAAGCGAGUAUGGUCACUUUUUCUUCAAAACUAAUAUUAAACAUUUUUGUCAGUUUCUGACUUUUAUUUGAA